GUCCCGGCCGAGCCAUGAAGGUCGAGUUUGCACCGCUCAACAUCCCGCUGGCGCGGCGGCUGCAGACGGCGGCGGUGCUGCAGUGGGUCCUGUCCUUCCUGCUGCUCGCGCAGGUGUGCACUGGAAUCAUUGUGAUACUGAUCUUGCACAACUACUGGUUCCUUUACAUCCCCUAUUUGACAUGGCUUUACUUUGACUGGAGUACCCCAGAGCAAGGAGGCAGGAGAUCCAACUGGGUCAGAAAUUGGACUGUUUGGAGGUACUUUAAGGACUAUUUUCCAAUCCAUAUCAUCAAAACUCAGGAUUUGGAUGCAAGUCACAACUAUAUAUUUGGGUUUCAUCCUCAUGGUGUACUCGUGGCUGGAGCCUUUGGAAAUUUUUGUACCGAUCAUUCUGACUUCAAGGAGCUGUUUCCCGGAUUUACUGCAUAUCUCCACGUACUCCCAUUUUGGUUCCGGUGUCCUCUCUUCCGAGAAUAUCUGAUGAGUAGUGGGCCAGUUUCAGUUUCCAAGAAAAGUGUGUCCUAUGUGCUGAGCAAGGAGGGAGGUGGAAACAUUUCAGUCAUUGUCCUUGGGGGCGCAGAAGAAUCUCUGGAUGCUCAUCCUGGAAAAUUCACUCUGUUCAUCCGCCAGCGGAAGGGAUUUGUUAAAAUUGCUUUGACCCACGGUGCCUACUUGGUCCCAGUGUUUUCUUUUGGUGAAAAUGAACUGUUUAAACAGAUUAACAAUCCUGAAGGUUCAUGGCUUCGAGCUGUUCAAGAGAAACUGCAGAAGAUCAUGGGGUUUGCUUUGCCACUGUUUCAUGCCAGAGGAGUUUUUCAGUACAAUUUUGGCCUAAUACCCUAUAGGAAACCUAUCCACACUGUUGUUGGCCACCCAAUCCCUGUUCAUCAGACUCUGCACCCAACCCCAGAGCAGAUUGAGGAGUUGCAUCAGACCUAUAUGGAGGAGCUAAGGAAAUUAUUUGAGGAGCACAAAGGGAAGUAUGGUAUUCCAGAGCACAAAACUCUUAUUUUUAAAUGACUGCACU